AUGCGUAAGUUGUGUCCACUCAUGGGGCCGAAGAUGUCGGCAUUUUGCAUGGUGAUGUCUGUGUGGGGUGUGAUAUUCCUAGGCCUGUUGGGAGUAUUCUUCUAUGUUCAAGCCGUGACGCUUUUCCCUGAUCUUCAUUUCUCUGAGGAGACCAAAGAUGGGCAUAUUGGACCGUCUGUUGAGUAA